AAAAACAAUAGCAGCAGUGACCCGCAAGCCAGCCAUUGGCAGUCAUGGCUAAGCGAUAAUUGACAUUCUAUCAGACGGACCCAACCCAGCUCAAAAGGAACAACCACACCAUGCCGCGCCACCACCAUAUCCUCCGCCGCAACCACAACCCGGACACGUCCUCCCCGUCCGAGCCCCAGCAUCUACAAUAUCAACAACCACAACCACAACCACAACAACAGCGACAACGACACCCACCGCCGGUGCCCGCCCGCAGCCUCCACCGCACCCGUCUCGGCCACCACCAUGAAUCUCCCUCAUCCCAAUUCACGACCCCGCCAUCACGCGGCUUCCCCAUCCCUACGCUCCACCCCUCCUCGGGACCAAUAGAUCCAGACCACCCGCUGCACAGUCACCAGCAAGCACAACAGGCCCAACAGCAGCAGCGACAAUACCCGGCGGCGGCCGCCGCGGCGCAAGUGGCGUUGUUCUCGCUCUUCGGGCGAGGGGUCCACGGCCGGGGCCACGGGGAGCCACGCCAACGUCAUCCGCCGCACGAUCAGGCGGAACAGGACGAGGACGACGACGAAGAGGAAGCAGAAGAAGACGAAGAGGGCGAUGAAGACGAAGACGAAGAUAUCGACGACUCCAUGCAGCAGCACCAGUACCCUCACCACCUCCGUCGUCGCCAUCGGCAUCACGGUUUAGAGCCCGGCCCGGACCUGGCGCUCUCCGAUGAUGAUGGCGAGGCGGGAGUUGAAGAAGACGAGGAACUUGGCAUUAAUGGGGAUGAGGAGGGGGUUGCGGAUGAAGAAGAGGAGGAGGGAGUCAUUGAUGAGGAGGACGAGGAUAUGCUCGCGGACGCGGGUGUUGAUGCUGAUGAGGAGAUGUUGGGCGAGAGAGACAAAUCCCCCACCCCGCUUCCAGCCAACCUCCGCGAGAUCUCCUCCCUCGCCUCGUGGACCGUCUCGACCCACAAACCCGGCUGCGGCGUCAGCGCCCUCCGCCACCCGUCGCCGACUCAGUACUGGCAAUCCGACGGCCCGCAACCGCACACCCUGACGCUGCACUUCUUCAAGCUGGUCGCCGUGGUGCGCAUCCGCGUGUACCUGGACUUCGAGAUGGACGAGAGCUACACGCCCACCAAGAUGGUCUUCCUAGCCGGCAUGGGCGGGAAUGAUCUCGUGGAGUUUGCGACGUGGGAAGGGGAGGGGCCCUGUGGGUGGGUGGAUGUGGAGCUGGAAGGAGUCGGAGGUAGGAAUACAGUGCAUAAGUAUGGUGAGGGGAGAGGAGGUGGUGGCCCUGGUCCUGGUCCUGGUGGGAUCUCCGGCAGGAGGAUGAGGAGGAGACAGAUGGGGACGGAUGGGACGGGUAUCAAGAGGAGUAUUCUGAGGGCGCGGAAGGGGACCAAAAGUCGGAGUAAAGGGAAAGGGAGGGAUCUGGGGAACGAAGAAGAUGAGAUGAUGGUUGAUCACGACGGACAGGGCACAGACGAGGAGAGCCUGUAUGAGGAUGCAGGGGUUUAUGAUUAUGAAGAUGAGGAGGACGACGAGGACGACGAUGACAACGACCCGUAUGCGGGGAACGUGCUCAAAGCCAUGGUGAUUCAGAUGCGCGUGAUCGAGAACCACCAGAACGGCAAGGAUACGCAUGUGCGUGGGUUUCAGGUCUUUGCGCGCGACGACGAGCGCAAAAGGCUGGGCAAUGCCCCGUCGGCGUCGGCGGAUGGGCGCGUGCGACGGCACAGUGCGCGCCGGUCCCUACGGGGAAGUACGCAUGAUGAGAUGGGCGAGGGAGGAGGAGCCGGCGGACGAGACCAUGCGGUUGCUGAAGCCGAGCGCGCCGUGAAGGGAGUGGUGACCAGUCUGGAGGAGCCGGAUUGGAUGGGCGAGCCGGUCAUUCGGUAAUCGAGUAGUUGUGUUGUGUUGGAUUGCGUCGCAUUGCAUCGG